CCCAGAAAUGGAGGCUGCCAAAACUGCGGCCGUCUGCCACGUGGUGGCGCUGCCCUAUCCCGGUCGAGGCCACAUCAACCCCAUGAUGAACCUUUGCAAGCAACUGGUUUCAAAAGCCCCCGAUAUUCUCAUCACCUUCAUCAUUACUGAAGAAUGGCUCGGCUUCAUCGGCUCAGACCCAAAGCCAAGUAAUAUAAGCUAUGCCACCAUACCAAACGUUUUACCUUCGGAGCUGAUUCGUGGUAAAGAUUUUCCUGGGUUCGUAGAAGCCGUGGGUACGAAGAUGGGAGCCCCCGUUGAGGAUGUUCUGGACCGGCUUGAGCCGCCGGUGACAGCCAUCGUCAUGGAUCCUUUCCUUGUUUGGGCUGUCGGUUUGGGGAACCGAAGGAAUAUUCCGGUGGCCUCACUUUGGACCAUGUCGCCCUCGGUGUUCUCAGUGUUUCAUCAUUUUGAGCUGCUCCAUCAGAACGGGCAAUUCCUUCUUGAUUUUUCUGAACGAGGAGAUGAGCUCGUGGAAUACAUCCCGGGAGUUUCUGCCACACGUAUUGCAGAUCUUCCCAUCUCUACUCAAGGAGAUCAUCUAAAAGCUUUGCAUCGAGCUCUGGAAUGUGUUUCAUUGGUGUCGAAAGGGCAGUAUCUUCUCUUCACUACGUUUCACGAACUUGAAGCUCAAGCCAUUGAUGCUUUAAAAGCCAACUUUCCUUUUCCUGUCUACCCUAUUGGCCCUGCCAUACCUUACUUAGAACUUGGAAAUAAUUCCUCUGUAACUAAUGCUAACAAUGGUGUCAACUAUUUCCAGUGGCUAGAUUGUCAACCUCCAUCUUCGGUCUUGUAUAUCUCAAUGGGAAGUUUCCUAUCGGUUUCAAAUGCCCAAAUGGAUGAAAUUGUUGGUGGGAUGAGGGAUAGUGGUGUUCGGUGCUUGUGGGUGUCACGUGGGGAAAUUGGUCGGUUUAAUGAUGUUUUUGAUGAUAUGAGCUUGGUUGUGCCUUGGUGUGACCAAUUGAAGGUGUUGUGCCACUCCUCAAUCGGAGGGUUUUGGACACAUUGUGGAUUGAAUUCCACUCUAGAGGCUAUUUUUGCUGGUGUUCCAAUGCUUACUUUCCCUAUUGUUUGGGAUCAAAUCUUAAACUGUAAACAAAUUGUGGAGGAUUGGAAGAUCGGCUGGAGAGCUAAGAAGGGCGUGGGAGCUGGAAAAUUUGUGACAAGAGGAGAAAUUUCAGAGCUCGUGAGAAGGUUCAUGGAUCAACAAAGUGAACAAGGGAAUGAAAUGAGGAAAAGAGUGAAAGAACUUCAAGAGACCAGUCGACAAGCAAUUGCUAAAGGUGGAUCAUCAGAAGCAAAUCUUGAUGCUUUUAUUAGAAAUAUUUCAAAAGGCCACAGUCAUUAAGUAGAUUGUUGCACCUUGUAUGAGUUGUAUCCAGUUACUAAUUGAAUUGUAUGCUGAGUACUGUGCCAUUAAGUUCAUGUGGAUUCGAAUUGCUUGAUUUUGGGAAAGUUCGUGAAAAGUAAAAUUAAAGCUGUCAGCCUAUCA